AUGUGCUCUGCAACGAAUGUGAUGGCUUCGCCAGCUUCUACUUUUGAAAUUCUCGGAGCACAGCGUGCAGACUGGUGUUCAGCGCGCAAGCGUCGCGAUGCUACUGCGCUAUAUACUCUUCUAAGAAGUGGUUGGCCACGCCCACAUUGUUGGCUGGCACUUGCGUUUUUGUCUGUAAUUACGGAAAUUCUUUGUGUUGCUUCAAGUCAAAUGACAUCUUGCUCAGAAAUGGAAGAUCAGUGUGCUGCCUCGCAGAUGCAGGAAUUCGAGUUUUUGCAGUCUAUGUAUUCGCCAGCUGAACUGAGUUUUUCACAUACUGGUGGAGAUUCGAUGUUGCAGCCAUCUGGAAUCACACUGAAACUUAAUGUAGAAGGGGAGUCAGUCAACGUUGAGAUCCGUGUUCCGAAGUUUUACCCGUACGCAGACGCUCCGGCAGCCCUAGUGAGAGCUGAAGACGGUACUUUCGAUUGCGAUGCGAUGAAUAGUGAGCUUAGAAAAUGGAUAUCCGAACAGCAGCUAGGAGUUCCUCUUAUUGCUGAAAUUGCUUCGUGGCUAUUGGAAAACUGUGUUCGUUAUCGAAAAACUGGCAAAGAUUGUAGUGCGCAGCAGACAUCCUCCAGUUUAACUGCGACUUACUCCAGAUAUUUCAUCUUAUCUCAUCAUCUCUAUUCUUCCACAAAGAGAUCUGACAUACUAACUACUGCGAGAAAGCUUCACCUUACCGGCUUCUCCACGCCCGGCAAGCCAGCAGUUAUUGUUGUUGAAGGCGAAACUAAUGCUUAUGUUCUUCAUGCAGAUACGGAUAAAAAGUUUAUGGACUUCCGUGAAAUUGUACCCUCUGGAGGUGGAAAUGCUAUGUCUGAUGUCAAACAGCUGCUCAGUGAACGCGAGCUCGGAGACAAAUUUGAUAUGUUGUACAAUAUGUGA